GCAGGACGUUUCAAUGCCACGGUACCUGUGAAACACACGUGUGAACCAGGCCGAGCUCACUCUUUUUAAAAGAUUAUCAGUCUCUGGGUUUCUUCUUGGAAAGUCGUUUGGAAACAACCAUGGCUAAGCUUUUUGCUAUCGUAGCCCUUAUAGUUCUUGUGUUUCAGCAAAACUCGAACGCCGAAACAAAAGAAGAGGCAAAGAAGAUAGAUUUGGGAAAAGAUGUUGCUUGGAAGCGUCUGGAAUUCGCGGUGGAAGAUGCUGCUAUUGACAAUAAGUUGAUCUUGCUUUUCAUUUCAAAAAGUUGGUGCAAGCCAUGCCACAAACUUGCUGAUGACUUUUUGAAAAAUGAAGAGUUCAAAGUACUUAGCAAAGAGUUUCAUAUGGCAGCUGCUAUUGAUGAUAACGCUCCAAUGGACCCUAAAUACGACAUAGAUGGAAAGUAUGCUCCAAGAAUUAUCUUUCAAGACUCACAAGGAAAUGUACUGAGUGGAAUCACCAAUGGCGGACAAAAAACAAGAUAUUUCUACAAGAAAGCCGACCAAGUUGUGGAGAGUAUGAAAAAGGCUUUGGCCAAGACUUCCCUGGAUCAAGGUUUUGGCAAAGAUUAUGCCUGGAUGAGCUACGACUCUGCACUGGAAGAAGCAAAGAGGAGUGGUAAAGCAAUUCUUCUGAUCAUACAUCAAGACUGGUGUGGUGCCUGUCAAAGGCUGAAGCCAAAGAUCGCUGAUUCCAAAGAUCUUCUAGAGAAAAGCAAAAGUUUCAUCAUGGUCAAUUCCGACGAGGAAAGAGUUGUCAAGAAGAAAGAUUUUGAUAUCGACGGAGAGUACUAUCCAAAAAUAGUCUUUCUAGACAACAAUGGUGAAAUACUGAAGGACCACUGGAACCUUGAAACUGAACACAAACAUGUCAAGUUCUACUACGGAGAGCCUGAAGAGCUUAUCAAGUCCAUGGACAGGGUACUUGAACACAUGGCCACCGUCAAACCUUCACUAGACAGAGGAAUGGGUACUCAUAUUGACUGGAAACCUUAUGAAGAAGGUCUUGCCAUCGCCAAAAACGAAAAGAAGCCAAUCAUGCUUAUCAUCCACAAAUCUUACUGUGGUGCUUGUAAAGCAUUAAAGCCGAGAAUAAGACAGAGCAAAGAAUUAGCAGAAUUGAGCAAAAAGUUUGUCAUGAUCAACUGCCUGGAUGAUGAAGAACCAACAGAUGCACAAUUCGACAUUGACGGCGCCUACAUUCCUAGAAUCUUCUUCUUGGAUUCAAAUGGUAUCGUUGAACCAAGCCUGAAAAAUGAGCGAGAAGAUUUCAAGAAAGUCCAGUAUGCUUAUAGCGACGGCGAUCAGAUUGCUUCAAAAAUGAUAAAGGCUCUUGAAAUGAACCUUGGCGAAAGAGAAACUCCCAAGGAUCUACAGGUAAGAUAAAGAGCAAAGAAUUUCACUUUGAAAAUGUUCUCUUUUUUACCGGCAUUUUCAUGACUUUUGGACCUACUGAAAGAUUUCAAUGCUUUGUUUGACACUCUGCUCGACAGGAACAAGGAUGAAAUGUUCAGCCAGUGUGCAUAGCCGCAUUCCUUC